GGGACGGAGGGAGGGAGGGGGCCACCCACUGCCUCGCGCCCCUGCCCUGCGGGUGUCUCGCGCGCAUUCCGUGUGUGUGAGUGUGUGGGUCUGUCUCGCGCCGAAAGUGCGUGCCCGCGCGCUCCGCCUCGCACUCCCCCCUCCCCUCGCCCCCUGCUGGUCCUCCCGCCCCGCUCGGCUCCCUCCUUUCCCAGCAAACGCCGCCCCUCCCGCGCUCUGGCUCAGGCUCUGGCGCCGCCGCAGCCGUCGCCGCCGGAAAGUUCAGGAGCCCUGGAAAGGAGAAGGAAUAAGACGACAGGAGGAAGAGAGAGAGAGGGUAGAAUGGAAGAAUCUCACUUCAAUUCUAACCCGUACUUCUGGCCUUCUAUCCCCACAGUCUCAGGACAGAUUGAGAACACAAUGUUCAUCAACAAGAUGAAGGAUCAGCUGCUGCCAGAGAAGGGCUGUGGGCUGGCUCCACCCCACUACCCCACCUUGCUGACUGUGCCUGCCUCCGUGUCCCUGCCCUCAGGCAUCAGUAUGGACACAGAGUCCAAGUCAGACCAGCUGACCCCACAUAGCCAGGCGUCCGUUACCCAGAAUAUCACUGUGGUCCCUGUGCCGUCUACAGGACUGAUGACUGCUGGAGUCUCCUGUUCUCAGAGGUGGAGAAGAGAAGGGAGUCAAUCAAGGGGUCCUGGUUUGGUAAUCACGUCCCCCUCAGGCUCCCUUGUGACCACAGCCUCAUCAGCUCAGACCUUCCCCAUUUCGGCUCCCAUGAUUGUCUCAGCUCUUCCCCCUGGCUCACAAGCCCUGCAGGUGGUCCCUGACCUCUCCAAGAAGGUAGCAUCAACCCUAACAGAGGAAGGAGGCGGAGGUGGUGGUGGAGGUGGCAGCGUGGCUCCUAAGCCCCCUCGGGGCCGGAAGAAGAAGCGGAUGCUAGAGUCGGGGCUGCCCGAGAUGAAUGACCCUUAUGUCCUCUCCCCUGAGGAUGACGAUGACCAUCAGAAAGACGGCAAGACCUAUAGGAGCGAAGGGAACUGCGGCACAGGAAAUGGACAGAGCCUUGGGCUCAUGGAUUCAGUUCCCGGCUCCACCACGAACUUGCUGUGUGACCCUGGGUGCCGGAUGUGCUCACUGACAUUCUACUCAAAGUCGGAGAUGCAGAUCCACUCCAAGUCACACACCGAGACCAAGCCCCACAAGUGCCCGCACUGCUCCAAGACCUUCGCCAACAGCUCCUACCUGGCCCAGCACAUCCGAAUCCACUCGGGGGCCAAGCCCUACAGUUGUAACUUCUGUGAGAAAUCCUUCCGCCAGCUCUCCCACCUCCAGCAGCACACCCGGAUCCACUCCAAGAUGCACACGGAGACCAUCAAGCCCCACAAGUGCCCGCACUGCUCCAAGACCUUCGCCAACACCUCCUACCUGGCCCAGCACCUCCGAAUCCACUCGGGGGCCAAGCCCUACAACUGUUCCUACUGCCAGAAGGCCUUCCGCCAGCUCUCCCACCUCCAGCAGCACACACGAAUCCACACCGGUGACAGACCAUACAAAUGUGCACACCCGGGCUGUGAGAAAGCCUUCACACAGCUCUCCAAUCUGCAGUCCCACAGGCGGCAGCACAACAAAGAUAAACCCUUCAAGUGCCACAACUGUCACCGGGCGUACACGGACGCAGCCUCGCUAGAGGUGCAUCUAUCUACGCAUACGGUGAAGCAUGCCAAGGUGUACACCUGCACUAUCUGUAGUCGGGCAUACACGUCGGAAACGUACCUUAUGAAACAUAUGCGCAAACACAACCCUCCUGAUCUCCAACAACAAGUGCAGGCGGCGGCGGCGGCGGCGGCAGUGGCCCAGGCCCAGGCUCAGGCCCAGGCCCAGGCUCAGGCUCAAGCCCAAGCCCAAGCCCAGGCCUCCCAGGCAUCACAGCAGCAGCAGCAGCAGCAGCAACAGCAACAGCAGCCACAGCCACCACACUUCCAGUCCCCUGGGGCAGCCCCCCAGGGUGGGGGUGGUGGGGACAGCAACCCCAACCCUCCACCCCAGUGUUCCUUUGACCUCACCCCCUACAAGACGGCGGAGCAUCAUAAGGACAUCUGCCUCACUGUCACCACCAGCACCAUCCAGGUGGAACACCUGGCCAGCUCUUAAGAGACCUGUGCUGCCACCCACUGAGAAGAGGGGAAAGAAGUUCUGGUCCCUUCUUUCUCCAACUUGUCUUGGUGGGAAAAGUAUUCUUCCUUGACAGGCCUUGCCUCCAUCUCCUUGGGCCUCAGGCACAGCCUUCCUACACAGGAUACCAUGCUUAUUCUCAACUCCUCUUCAAAAGGAAUAUCAGCCCUCCUGAUUGGCAAAGGAAUAAUGAGCUGGUAGUGUAAUCCAGCGGCCUCCCCUUCCAAGCAUAGCUUUUCAGAAUUGGGGGUUGGUGCUCAAGGGAGGGAUUUGCUAUGACCUCAUAGAAACUUUUCCAGUGUGGGCACUUACCCUCUCGUUACCCUCAUAAUCCUCAAAAGUUGGGGCUGGUGGAAGACUAGAGGCUGGUCCUCCCAGAUCUCUGAGAGAAGGGAGCCCUAAAUGCAACCAGCCUCCUGUUCUAUUCUCGCCUGCAAAAGGGCAGAGGUUUUUCAUACCCCCUGAUACCCGGGAGCUGUCAUCCCCUCAUGGUCUCACUUCACUUCCUACCUAAUGCUGGAGGAGGGAGAUCUCGGUGGGGGUCAGACCCCCUUUAUUUGUAAAGGGGCAAGGGCUGAGAUGUGGUCCCCAAGGGGCCGGAGAUCCCUAAAAUGGUCAGGGGUGGCUUAGAAGUGUGGGUUAUGGUUUUCCUUGGAGCCUCUCCCCUUCUCUGCCAGCCAAGGCCCUAUACUCAGUCUCCCAGACCCAAAGCCAGAGGAGCUGUGGGAGCUUUGUGUUCUUUAUGAAAGCCCAAAACAAAGGGUGUUGCAGAGAAGGGAGAGUUCAGGGCAAAAACAAGGACUGGACUUAGCUCCCUAGGUGCCACGGUCAAUUGCCGGACACGGAUUUAUAUAUAAAUAUAUAUAUAUAAAUAUAUAUAUAUACCCACUCAUCACGGCCAUCUUUGUUGUAACCAUUUCUGUGUUUAUAAAUGCAUUAUCUCUGAGAAUUUUCAUA